UAAAUGUCAAAACUCAGAUAUCAAUGAAACAUUUCAACUACGAAUAAUGAAAUAUUUUGAUAUAAUGACAAAUAAUAUUUAGGUUAUAAUAAUUAAAAAUAAUAUUUUUCGUGUAUUAUAGUAUUUCUACAUGUCAGGAAUUCAGGAAAUUCAGUGGUAUUGUGAUAUAAAUAAAUCGUCUAAGACAAAACUUCGAUCUUUGAAAUGGGAUAAAGCUGAAGAUCAUCCUUUAAAACUACUGGUCACAACUUAUACAGACAAUAACUUAAUACGAAGGAAUGCCAACGAUCAUAAUGCAAUAUCAAAUACUCUAUCAGAUCCUUUACUACUGGAUGGGCUGGAUCCCCUCAGCGAGUUUAAAAGAAGUGAGAACAUGGAUCCCUUGACUAAAAUAGCCAUGGAGGAAAAUACAAGGAAUGAUAAAUAUUCACAAAAUAGAAAAAAGCAGUCAAAAAAUUUAACCUUGAAUUCUGAUGUUGAACCAUGGUCGACACGACGAACUGCUAUUCUAUGCAAAUACACUACUUCAGAAAAAUUGUCAAUCGUAAGCAAUUUUUUGUCUGGUGGGGAAAAACUGAACUUUAAGACUCAACCAGUCAUUGUUGAUAAGGUGAAAACAAGGCUGGAACAGUUGGAUGAAUUUGAUGAAGGGACUGCUCAACAAAUGCUAGAUUUAAAUCAACAACAAUAUAUUUGUAGAAUAGAACAACUAAAUCAAGAAUUGAUUCAAGCAUGGCAUGGUGACCAGAGGGUCCGUGCAUUGAAAAUAGCCAUUCAAUGUUCAAAAUUUUUAGCUGAUACCAGUGUAAUUCAGUUUUAUCCAAGCAAAUUUGUCAUUAUCACAGAUAUUCUAGAUGUAUUUGGAAAACUGGUUUAUGAACGACUACAUUCUAAAUCUGUUUAUAUACCAGCCAACUGUACACAGGAAGUUCCACUACCUGAAGUAUUUUCAUCGGAUGAGGUACCAGAAUUAGCUAAAGAAACUUGUAGGAAUUGGUUCUAUAAAAUAGCUUCAAUCAGAGAACUUUUACCACGUUUAUAUCUUGAAAUGGCUAUUUUAAAAUCUUAUAUAUUUCUUUCAAAAUCACAGAUUUAUCUUGCCAUUAAGAGAAUUACUAAAAUGAUUAGGGGAAUUGGGAGUCCAUUAGUUGCAAUUUAUGCGAGAUGUUACCUUUGCCGGGUUGGAAUAUUGAUAUCUGCUUCACCAGAAGAUUAUUUAAAAGAAAAUUUUUUUGAGAUUUUGAAUAUAUAUGAUGAGGUUUUUUCAUUAAGAUCUAUUCAAGAACAAUGUGUUCAGUCAAUUGAGAUAUCAGCAUACUUCAACUUAUUUAAUCCAGCAUUAGAUUGGAUUUUACAAAAUGUUGCAGCUAGAGCUUCCGAAUCUACACUUGAUCACAUUUUAGAUACAUGCAUUGAAAAACAAAACAGUGGUAUAUUAUUAAACAAUAUAAUGUGUUCUUUUAAGCCAGAAUACAUAGCAAAAAGGGCAGUGUUAUUUGUGAAACUAAUAACGCAAUGUGGCAAUCAAAGUUAUCCUCAACAUAUUUUACUUUGCACUUUUGGAAAUUGUUUAACAUUAGCUGAUCCACCACAUGAAGAAUUGUUUAGCAUACUAACUAGUGUAUGGGAAAUUUUUGGACAUUUUGCUCAGACAAAUCACUAUCUUAUGUGUGUUGAAAGUUGGAUAAAGUAUGCAGUCGCACAUUUUGGGUGUUUUGAAAUUAAUAAAUUAUUACGUGAUUUAAUCAGACAUAUGGCACCUCAUAAAGGUCUUGAAAAUUAUUACUUACAAUUACAAACAAUUAUAGACCGAAUGAUAUCACAUUGUGCUGAUCUUGAAGUUUUAAUAACAUUGGACAACUUUAUGCCAUUGAUUGAUUUAAUUCAAAAAGAGUCUGUCCGUGUUGAAAUUUGUAAAAAUAUCAUGAAUUCAUUGCAAAAUCAAAGGGUGGCACAUAAUAUAAAUGAUCCUGUUGUAAUAAAUGCCCUUAUGUUUAUUUGCAAAAUUAUGCAUGAUUCUGUGAAUGCAUUAACAGUGGAAGAUGAAACUCGCCAAAUCAGUCUCCUAAUAUCAAGUUUCAUAAGAUGCAUUAACUAUGGAAAGGAAUUUGAAAAGCAAUUGUCUUUCUAUGUAGAAGCUAGAGAGGCAUUCACUAACUUGGAAUCAUUAAAUAUUCAGCUGAUUCAUAGUGUAAACCUUCUGUCAGUCGAUACUAGCAAAAUUGUCAAAGGAAAACAUACACGUAAUACUGCAGCUUUUGUUCGAGCUUGUGCUGCUUAUUGCUAUAUUACAAUACCUUCCAUAAGUAGUGUACACACAAAAUUAGACUUGUAUUUACUAUCAGGACAAAUUGCAUUGCAAAAUCAAUGUUUGGGACAAGCUGAUGCAUGUUUUAAAGCAGCACUAUCAUUAAUUCCUGAACUGCCAAAAAUCAUUGAAGUUGAGGGCAAAAAAAAGAACACAGAACCUUAUUUAGUUUCAUAUUUGAGUAGCUUUGCAUCUACUCUUUUAGUAGUGCCUGAUAGUCCAGAUCAAGGUGUUUUACAUCUUACACGAAAUUUAUUAAGUGUUUUAGAAAAAUAUGAAUUUAAUGAAGAUAGCAGUGCUUUUGUAAACAUACAAUUCAGAAUUUUAGAUAUGUUAUCUGCUGCUGCGCAACCACAAUAUGUAUAUCAUGUUGCCAAAGUUGAUUCUAAUGAUGUUCUUUAUGGAUCAGAUCCAAAAUUUAUAGCAGAAAUUAAUAAACUUUGCUCACAAAUAGUAACAAAGAUUCUGGAGCAUCUGGUAGUUCUAGGAAACAAAAAGAAUUUAAUAUUGCAAUCACAAAUAGCAAUAGAGUUAUUCCAAAGAGUUGUUAUAUUUGGAGAUUUAUCAAAGCCUGAAUUGUUCAAUUUAGCAUAUAAACUGUGGAAUUUGUCACAGAAGCAUUUGGAAAGCAGUAAACUAAAAUAUACUAACUUAAUAAUGAAAUAUCUAGAGAUAAGGGCUACAAAAACUAAUAACUCCUACUUGAUGGUGCUGAUAUCAAAAUUACAGCAAAAAACGUAGAUUUUUUACAAAUUUUAUAUGGACCUAUUACCAAUAAUAUACAAG